UCUAUCUCUCAACGCAAUUAUUUUGAGAAGCAGACAACCACCCACCGCAUCCUUACUUUUUUUCACAACAUUGCUAAACUGGCACACUCCCAUAAAGUUUGCAUUAAAGCCACCACUCCUUAAAGCCACAACAGCUAUUUUCACUUCCCUCUACCCUGCUCCCUCACUCUCUCCCAUGGCUUCGAUUUCCACAACUUUGCCUCUGCUUCUCUCGCUUCUUCUGUUACUCGGUCGCUACCAUGCGGCUCAGGUGCCACAACCAGAGAGGGGAACCUACAUUGUACACGUGGCAAAAUCGGAAAUGCCCCAAAGCUUUGAACACCAUACGGUGUGGUAUGAGUCCUCGCUCAAAUCCGUCUCUGACUCGGCGAAAAUCAUUUACACCUACGAUAACGCCAUCCACGGAUAUGCGACUAGAUUAACUGCGGAGGAAGCGCGUUUGCUGGAAAGCCAAACUGGGAUUCUGGCGGUGUUGCCGGAGACGAGGUAUGAACUUCACACGACGAGGACGCCGCAGUUCCUGGGUCUUGACAAGAGCGCGGACAUGUUCCCCGAGUCGAGCUCCGCGAGUGACGUCAUCGUCGGAGUCCUGGACACUGGCGUUUGGCCCGAGAGCAAGAGCUUCGACGACACGGGGCUUGGACCUGUUCCUAGUAGCUGGAAAGGCGAGUGUGAAACAGGAACGAACUUCAGUGCUUCCAACUGCAACAGAAAGUUGAUCGGAGCCAGGUUCUUUGCGAAGGGUUGCGAGGCCAUGUUGGGUCCUAUUAACGAGACUGAGGAGUCUAGAUCCCCUCGCGACGAUGACGGUCACGGCACCCACACAGCCAGCACAGCCGCGGGAUCUGUGGUUUCCGGCGCAAGUCUUUUCGGUUACGCAUCCGGGACGGCGCGUGGGAUGGCGACGCGCGCGAGAGUCGCUGCUUACAAGGUUUGCUGGAAGGGAGGGUGUUUCAGUUCGGAUAUUCUUGCGGCAAUUGAGAGCGCGAUACAAGACAACGUUAAUGUGUUGUCGUUGUCGCUUGGUGGUGGAAUGGCUGAUUAUUACAGAGACAGUGUCGCUAUUGGAGCUUUUUCCGCGAUGGAGAAAGGGAUUUUAGUUUCUUGCUCCGCUGGGAACGCGGGUCCUAGUCCUUACAGUCUCUCAAACGUGGCACCAUGGAUAACGACCGUGGGUGCCGGUACUCUGGAUCGUGACUUCCCUGCUUAUGUUGCUCUAGGGAAUGGACUUAACUUCUCCGGCGUGUCGCUAUACCGAGGUAACGCUUUACCUGAUUCACCGUUACCGUUUGUUUACGCAGGCAAUGCCAGCAACGCUACGAACGGGAACUUGUGCGUGACGGGAACCUUGUCGCCCGAGAAAGUAGCCGGAAAGAUUGUGUUAUGUGAUCGUGGAUUAACUGCUAGGGUACAGAAAGGUUCAGUUGUGAAAUCCGCCGGUGCUUUGGGCAUGGUGUUGAGCAACACCGCCGCCAACGGCGAGGAGUUGGUGGCUGAUGCUCAUCUGUUGCCGGCGUCGGCGGUGGGGGAGAAAGCAGGCGACGCCAUCAAGAAGUAUUUGUUUUCCGAGGCUAAACCGACGGUGAGUAUUUUGUUCGAGGGAACGAAGGUGGGGAUUCAGCCAUCACCUGUGGUUGCGGCGUUUAGCUCAAGAGGUCCCAACUCGAUCACGCCUCAGAUCCUGAAACCAGAUCUGAUGGCGCCAGGUGUCAACAUCUUGGCGGGGUGGUCAAAGGCCGUGGGUCCCACAGGUUUGCCCGUUGAUAACAGGCGCGUGGAUUUCAAUAUCAUCUCUGGGACCUCGAUGUCUUGUCCUCACGUGAGCGGAUUAGCCGCUUUGAUAAAAUCGGUUCACCCAGAGUGGAGCCCAGCCGCGGUUCGAUCGGCUCUCAUGACAACGGCUUACACCGUUUACAAAACCGGUGAGAAGUUGCAAGACAGUGCAACGGGAAAACCCUCCACGCCGUUUGAUCACGGAGCGGGACACGUGGACCCUGUGGCUGCGCUCAAUCCAGGGCUGGUGUAUGAUCUAACAGUGGAUGAUUAUCUUGGUUUUCUCUGCGCGUUAAACUACUCUGCCUCAGAAAUCAACACCCUGGCGAAGAGAAAAUUCGAGUGCGACGCGGGCAAACAGUACAGUGUGAACAACCUGAACUACCCGUCGUUCGCGGUGUUGUUUGAAUCCGGGAGUGGGUCCGGCGUGGUGAAGCACAGUCGAACCGUCACUAACGUGGGGCCCGCGGGAACGUACAAGGCUACGGUGACGUCAGACGCGGCCUCAGUGAAAAUCUCGGUUGAACCGGAAGUGCUGAGUUUGAAAGAGAACGAGAAAAAAUCGUUCGUGGUAAGUUUUUCAUCCUCGGGUUCCACACAAGACAGAGUGAAUGCGUUUGGACGGUUGGAAUGGUCUGAUGGGAAGCACGUGGUUGGGACCCCAAUCUCAAUAAACUGGGGUUGAUCAAAGGUUCAUCACUCACUCGAAGAGGGGUGUGUCUUGAUUGGCUACUCAUUUUACUUUUUAAUAUUAUAAUAUUUAACUUUUCCAAACAAAAAAAGGGUCUUCAAAGUUAGGUUUGAUUAUGGCUGGGGCCUUCUGCUUGGUUGGAGUCCGUCUGUUUGCUCCCUGGCAUUGGAGAAAUGUUGCAAGCCAAAGCUACAACAAUUGGCUCAUUUUUCUUCCACUGUACAGCCUCUCCUAAUCAUUCAUUCAUCUAUAUUUCUUCCACCCAUU